AUGAUAUACAUAACACUGUUGUUUGUAUGGCUCAACGCGGCCGUUUGUAACAAUGUAAUAGAAAAAAGAAACGUGGAUUUAAAGGUAAAAUGGGAUAAUCCAGGAGUAGAUUACUACGAAGCAGAUUUCGAUAAUGUGUUCUACUCAUACUAUAAACCGAAGAAGGAAAAUGAGAUAAAGUCCAUUUCAGAAUCAUUGCAGUUAAUAUGGGUGUCACCAGAUCUAAAUGUGAGCUGUAAAUACGCACUAGUAGCGUACAAAAACAUAGACCCACACCUGGUGUACCUGCUGUUGACCGAAGGAGAUGACAUCGCGGAGGAGUAUUACCAAAAAAUAGGGGUGUACUGGAGGAAGAUUGACGAGAGGAACUACAAGGAGGCGGUAGAGUUCCUCAAAUACGGAGCAGAGUACCGCCCAGUGACACUGUUCCUGUCCAACCAGGACAACACGCCCUCCUACUACGUGCAGAACUUCGAGGGAACCAGGCCCUACAGGUUCUUCUGCCUCAGGUACGGCUACGGAGCACGAAGAGUCUUCUACAAGGGGGAGAUAUGGGCCUCGCAGGACGAAGACGAAAGGUGUGUAGCAGUCUGGGCGUACAAGACGGACGGAGUGAGCAUCCAGUACGUGAAGCUGCUGACGACGAAGGGCAACGGAGUCUCGGACGUGCUGGAGUUCACGUACAGCAACAACAAGUGGCGCCAGUGCGUUCCGGGAGAACACUACGCAAACUCGCCGAACGUCGACUACCUGGAGAACUUCGUGCACCCGGAGUACGCGAACCUGGACAAGAAGGCGGAGAUUAAGUUCCCGGCAUUCGAAAUGGAGAUCGCGCAGGAGAAGUACGUCUACAACAACGACCCGGAGCUGCUCUUCAUAGACAAGAGCAUCGUGAACAGCCACGGUAUGCUCUACAGAGAGUGCAUGGACGACGUGGUGUACUACCACUACCACCCGAAGUCGCCUGACGCGGUGAAGAGAAUACUGGACUCCUCGGAAAAGGUGUGGAGCGCAUACGGAAGUGAGACGUGCUCAUACGCGUUGAUAGCGUUCGAGGGGGAUAAUCCGGUGCUGGCGUACCUGUACCUGAAGGUGGAGGGGGAAACGAGGAGCCUGUUCCUGCGCAAGGGCCCUGAGGGCUGGGAGAGGUCGGACCUGAAGAAGUACGCGGAAAAGGUGGAAAUGAUAAAGUCCGACCACAAGUUCGUCGAGUACCACAGGCUCGACCUCUACUCGAGCUUCAACAACAAGUACUACGACAUCUCCAUGGGCAGGGGCUACGUGACGUACCUGGCGAACUACGGAGUGCGCAUAGCCGCAGUGUCCUACAUAUCGCAGGAGAUAUGGACGAGCGAGAAGGGAGAAAGGUGCGUGGGAGUCUGGGCAUACGAAAACGGCUUCUACUACAUGCUGAAGCUGCUGAUCGCGCACAAGGGCAAGUCGGAGCUGCUGAUGUUCUACCGCAUAGACAACCUGUUCAGGAGGGUGGAUGCGAUUCAGAUGGAGAAGGCGCCAGGGGGAGAGAAGGAGUACUACCUCGAAGUGGAAGGAACGCGCCACUACAUACCGGAGGAACGCGUGAGGGCCUGCGUAGACGGGCCCAGGUGGUUCUACUACCCGGAUUACGAGUUCACGCCGAAGAUAAGGGAGCUCUACGGCUCGUACCCGAUGGACGAGUACGAACACAUAUACAGCGACUACGCGGACAUAUUCGGGCCUGAGGCGAACGAGUACAUGGCGCAAGUGACCUGCCCGUUGUACCAAACGGGCCCCGCUACGGAAGUGGACAUAGCAGACUUGGACAAAACGGUAGCAAGUUCAACUGAGGCAGUAUACGAAGGAGUUCUGGAGAUGAAGCUGAUAGAGCCGCUCCCAGGAACAUACUUCUCAAAAAUCGCUGAAAACCGAGACGUGAUGUACUCACAGCCGUCGAUCGCGGACGCCUCGGUGGGAGUGGCAGUGUAUACGGUGGAGGGAAAGAACGUGCUGGCCGACGUGAUGCUGGCAGCCUCGAGGCCAGCGUCAAUACACCUGGAGAAGGUGGGAGGAGAAUGGAAGUACAUAAGCGGGAAGAAGUUUGAAGAAAGACUGCUGAAGUUGAAGGAAGAUGGGAGGAAGGUCGGAGAUAAAGUUUAA